AUGUAUUUAAAUGUGUUGGUCAGGGGUUCUGCCAUCGCUAAGAUCAUCGGGCACAAUGUGAAAGCGUCGAACCGUUUCGAUCCAAUGGUGAAGAUGUGGGUCUAUGAGGAGAUGAUCGACGGACGCAAACUCACCGAGAUCAUCAACACCGAACACGAGAACGUCAAAUAUCUGCCCGGACACAAACUGCCCAAAAAUGUGCUGGCUGUUCCUGAUGUCACCGAGGCCACGAGCGGAGCACACCUCCUGAUCUUCGUCAUUCCUCAUCAGUUCAUUGGGAAAAUCUGUGACCAGAUGAAACCUCACGUCAAACCUGGAGCCACUGGCAUCUCCCUCAUUAAAGGCAUCGAUGAGGGUCCGGAUGGACUGACCCUGAUCUCUGACAUCAUCAGGUCCAAGCUGGAGAUCGAGGUCAGUGUGCUGAUGGGUGCCAACAUCGCCAGCGAGGUGGCCGAGGAGAAGUUCUGCGAGACCACCAUCGGAGCCACUAAUGAAUCCCACGGCAAGAUCUUCAAAGAGCUUCUGCAGACGGCGAACUUCCGCAUCACUGUGGUGAAGGAGAGCGACACGGUGGAGCUGUGCGGAGCGCUGAAGAACAUCGUGGCGGUGGGCGCAGGUUUCUGUGACGGUCUGGGUUUCGGUGAUAACACUAAAGCUGCAGUGAUCCGGCUGGGGCUGAUGGAGAUGGUGGCCUUCUCCAAACUCUUCUGUAAGAGCGCCGUCAUCUCGGACACCUUCCUGGAGAGCUGCGGCGUGGCUGACCUCAUCACCACCUGCUACGGAGGACGCAACCGCCGCGUGGCCGAGGCCUUCGCCCGCUCGCAGAAGUCAAUAGCGGAGCUGGAAGCUGAGAUGUUGAACGGUCAGAAGCUCCAGGGUCCUCAGACGUCUGCAGAGGUUUACAAGAUCCUCCAGAAGAAGAGCAUGGUGGACAAGUUUCCUCUGUUCGUCUCCGUCUAUCAGAUCUGUUUCGAGGGCCGUCAGGUGCAGGACUUCAUCAGCUGUCUUCAGAAUCAUCCAGAACACAUGUGAGGACCGAAGCUGUGGAGCUAACGCUAACACUCG